AUGUGGCUGGCACAGCACUGGGUGAGCGGUCACAAGGGCCAGUGCGGGGCACUGAGCGCCCAGAAGCAGUACAUCGCCACCACCGCCGCCGCUACCACCGCCUCGGCCAAGCAGCAGGCUCCCCAGAAGACUGCAGCACCGCAGCCGCAGCCGUCUCUCAAGAAGUCCACCGAGGCCACCAACGCUGCGCCGUCCCUCUUUUCCCCCACGCAGCUGAGCAAUCUGCUGUCGACGCGGCCGCAGGAGCUGGGCGUGGGACUGGUCAACCGGGGCAACACGUGCUACAUCAACUCGGUGCUCCAGUGUUUCUCGCACACGGCACCCCUGCGGGCCUACCUCGCGUCGAGCGAACACUCGCGCUCCUGCAAGGUGAGAACGCACGGCUUCUGUUUGCUAUGUGCGCUGGAGGAGCACACCAAGCAACUGUUUCGGGAAUUCGCGAGCAGCGUGAUGAUGGGCAUGCAGUCCAGCAUUCUCCAAAACUACCGCGCGCAGCACCCCAACGGUCCGCCCAACCUCGGCCCCGGCUUCGAAGAGACCAGCCUCGUCUACCAGCUCUUUGGCGGCCGUUCCCGCAGCAGGGUGCGAUGCGGAGCGUGUUCGGCGAUUGUGACGAACUAUGAGCCCUUCCUGGACCUCAAUCUGGAGCUGUCGGCCGGGGCGUCGCUGGAGGAGGCCCUCGACAGCUACACCACAAUCGAACACUUUGACCUUUCAACCGGCUACAAAUGUGGAAGGUGCAACAAGGUGGUGACGGCCCAGAAGCAGCUGACGGUGGACAGGGCGCCGCCUAUUCUGGUGGUGCAGCUCAAGCGAUUCGACGUCAUGAGCGGCGGCGGAAAGAUCAAUAAGACCGUCACCUUCCGCGAGCAGCUCGACAUCGCCAAGGUGAUGAGCGAAGACAAGAAGGAGGAGGGAGGCGUGCUCUACGAACUGUACGGCACGAUCGUGCAUUACGGCCGCACCAUGUUCAGUGGACACUACGUGUCGUUCAUCAAAUCCAACGGCCUCUGGCACCUAUUCGACGACGACCAGGUGGUGGAGGUCAACAACGCCAUCGUGCUCAAGCAGAACGCGUACAUGCUGUUCUUCCAGCGGGUCUACACGCCCGAGCAGAUGGCGAGGCAGGAGCAGCAGCUGCUGCAGCUGCCCCAACAGCUCUCGCUGCCCCAGGAGUCCCAGCAGCAGCAGCAGCAGCAACAGCAGAGCAAGAGCCAGCGGCGACGAAACAACAAAAAGACGAACGAGGCCAACAACGCUCAGCAGCAGCAGCAGACGGCCGCACCAGCAGUGGCCACGGAGGCGAAGGCGGAGCCGCCGCCGGAGUGGAAGCUGCCCAAGUACCGCGUGUUCUACACCGAGGAGGAGAGCGGGGAGGAAAGCUGGAUCAAGGACCUCCUGCUCGUCGCCGAGGUGCCCGCCGAGCUGCCGUUUGAAGUGGACCCCAAGGCGGCGCGGGCCUCGUUCUACCAGGCCAACGCCACCCUUGUCGCGACCAUGCCCCUCAAGCGCGACGACGCCGACGCCGACGCCGACGCCACCAAGCCGGACCACCAGGCCACCAGCGCCGCCGCCGACGUCGAGGUGGCCCUGCUCCCCGACCGCCGCUUCGUGCUCAAGGAGAUAGGCGUCGACCCCGAGAAGGAGCUCAACGUCGAGCCCGUCGCCACCGAGGAGAAGGAGAAGGAGGUGGAAACUGUUGCGGCCACCACCACUAAGCCCGCCGACGCCGCCGCCAGCACCACCAGCGAUGAUGACAAGAAGGUGCCAACUACAGCGCCCGCGCUGCCGUUCAUGGACCUGGGGCGGUUGAAGCAGGCGCUGGCAGAUGAGAGCAACAAGGAGGAGGCCAGCUAUGCGAAGCUGUGGGACGACAUCCGCGCGUUCUACGCGGCGGUCAAGUCGGGCGACGCGGCGGGCUACCUGCAGCUGCGUAGCGCGAUCCAGCGACAGGAGGCCCAGCGCAGCCAGCAGCUGGCGCAGGACGACGAGGAGCAGUUCAUGCUCAAGCUCAAGAAGACCAAACGCAACGACCCGUGCCCGUGCAACAGCGGCCGCAAGUUCAAGCAGUGCCAUGGCAUGGCUUGA